AGCGGUUUGACAUUUUAGGAAAUAUUUCAAUUUUGAUUAAAACUUAGUGAAAGUUGAAAGUGAGCGUUGGCAGUGGAGGUUCGUCGACGGCGGCGGCUGAGUCGCGAAAAUUUGGAUUGCUCAAUUAAAUUGGGUUUUAGAUUUCGGAAGAUGUGUCGAAAACGUUUAUCCUGACGAAAUUACCGAAUUAUCCCUCCCGUUUCCAAAUCCAAACCCUGCAUUUGAAGAAACCUAUUUGUGCUUCCAUUCAAACCUAAGCAUUACCGAAAAGGCAACCGCACGAAUUCCGACGAGAUGGUAUCGGAUUCGGAGCUGAUCGAGCGGUUGCGCGAUGCCCUCAGCAAGUCGGACCUCUCCACCACCACCAACGCCACCCUCCGCCGCCGCCUCGAGGAGGAAUUAGGCGUCGAUUUGUCUGAUAGGAAGGCUUUUAUUAGGGAGCAGGUCGAUAUAAUCAUGCAAGGACCAAUUGAAAAUGAGGACGGAAUUGAUGAUGAAGGAUCGCCGGAAGCAGCGGAGGAGGAGGAGGAAGAGGAGGAGGUGGAAGAAUCGUCAAAUUCUGGCACCGGUAAAAAAGUCGCGAAGAAACGAUCUAGGACAAAGGACAACGAGGAGGUCAAAAAGAGAGGUGGAGGGUUUACGAAGCUAUGCAGUCUUUCCCCAGAGCUUCAGAAAUUCACCGGGGUACCAGAAUUGGCUCGAACUGAGGUUGUCAAGCAACUUUGGGCGCACAUUAAAGAGAAUAAUUUGCAAGAUCCGUCCAAUAGGAAGAGUAUAAUCUGCGAUGAUACAUUGCACAAUCUUUUUGGUGUUGAUACCAUAGAUAUGUUUCAGAUGAACAAGGCACUGACAAAGCAUAUUUGGCCCUUGGAUUCUGAUGGUGCCUCAGUAGCAGCUUCAGUUGAUUCUGCACCCAAGGUGAAGCAGAAGAAGAAAGCAAAAGAUGAAGAUGAAGAUGAGCCAAAGAGAAAAGGGAAGCGGCAGAGAAGUGGAAAUUCGUCCUUUCUUGCUCCUAUUAAACUAUCUGAUGCAUUAGUGAAGUUCCUUGGCACUGGAGAAAGUGCACUUCCUCGUUCUGAUGUUAUUAAGAGGAUCUGGGAUUACAUCAAGCUCAACAACCUGCAGGAUCCAUCGGACAAAAGACAAAUACUAUGCGAUGAGAAGCUGAAAGAACUUUUUAAUCUUGAUACCUUCUGUGGAUUUACAGUUUCGAAACACCUAACUGCUCAUUUCAUAAAGACAGAACAGUGAGUUGCUCAUACAGUGUCUCUGAUGAGCCUCAAGUAGCACUAGUACGUAUUUAUAUGUUUAAAUGGAGCUACUCUCGAGGCUAAUUUUUCUUUUUGUAAUUUUUACCAUAUGAGAAUGGCUUGAAGACGAUAUGACCGCUUCAGCGGAUACAUGGAAAAGAAAAAAAAAAUCUAAAUUGCAAAUCAAGUUUCCAACAUCUGCCUCUUAUUCUAUGGUGCUAAUUCAUUAAGCUAUAGCAUGAUGUGUAUGAUACAUACUAGGUAUCAUAUUUAUACAAACAUUCUCUUUGCUGAUUCUGGAAAAGGUCAAGGCUCCAUUAUUAACUGGCGCGAAAGGGCUGGGGUGGGGGAUUGAAGACACCGAAUCGAUCAGUGUUUUGCAGGUUACACAUGGUGAAAAGGCCACUUUAAUCAAGUGUCCUAUCUAGUUUUGAGUCAUGAAAGGAGUAUUCUUCACUUUUGUUAUGAGAAAAAAAUUGGAGGUUUGCGUUCUUUGUUUUAUUUUGAUGUUUCAUAUGUAUUACCAUAACAUGCAAUUUUCUUAUGCUUUGUAUAUGUAAUAAUAUUGUUUUUGCAGUCACUUGAUUAUGGAUAAGGCUUCCACUUACUGGUGCAAGCCUAUUCAGUAUAGGUAUACAUUGGUUUCUCCUUAUGAAUUGGCCUGCGGUGCCUUUCUCCAAAGUUAAAGUAAUCUACGCAUUAGUAAGUUCACACUCUCCUAAUUUCACCUGUUGAGAGCAUAUGGCACCUAGCCCCUAAAUAGUUCAUAGAAUCUGCGGCCCAGCAGCUGUAUAUUCCGGCAAUCCUACUUUGCAUGGAAGAUGAAUAUUUUUACAUCUUGAAGUUACAAAACUUUGCCUUAUUUAUGUUCAUAGAAUCUUUGCCUUCUCUGCUCCCCUGCCGUUUUGUCACCUUCUUGAUUUUUAAAUUAUUUGUCAGGUUGUACGUCACACAUAGGCCCUCCAAAGAAUUUGCAUACUUUAAUGAGAAAAUAUCUGCUUGAUUUUGAAGUUGAGAUAGAGUUCAUAGUCUUGUAUUUUAACUGUGCUUUUCUAGGUCUUCACUAAUGGACCUCCUUUUUAGAGCUGCAAAUUAGAACAUUGAGCUUGGUGAGCAUCUUGUCGCCCCUCGCUCUCUGCAUAUAGAAAAUAAAUUGUCACAGGAUUUUGGUACCUUGAAUAAGCUGGAAUCUUGUUUUCUAUGAUGUUUGAACUAUGCAAAGUGGAAAAGAUGUUGCUUUUCCACAAAGAACACAUCUUUUCCACAAAGAUGCACAGGGAAUCAACAUGGGAUAGUUAUUUAUAUGCAGAUUGAUUUUAUUUGAAAAAUCUAAGUGUGUGGAAUCUCUUUGUUCUGUGUUUUUUUGGGGGAUUCAAUUUUGUUUCCGAACUUAUCUUCUUGUCUGGAUAGUGAAUAAUCAUCACAGGUUACGGUUCUCAAAUUAAGGAAUCCACGAAAACGACGUGGAGGAAAUCACGGGCCAUUGGUGGUGGCUUUCAGCAAAUGCUCUGCCGUUAAGAUGAGAUUUUGAAAACUAUCCUUCUCUAUUAUGCUUGAAAUUAUGCUUCUCCUUUCCCCAAGAUGGGAUUAUUCUUUGUUGAGAAUCGACGUGUCUUGCUUCUUCUUCUUUUCCUCCCGUUGCAAGUGUAAGUUCUGCAGAACAAUAUAUGCAGCACUUGUUUAUCAUACCAAGCUAGAUUAUAUUGCA